AUGCCUAAGGGCAGGACUAGAACUCACUGUUUUCUAGCCCAAAGAGAGAGAGAGAGAGAGAGAAUUGGCUUUAAUGCAAGUAUUCUACUUCUCCCUUCCAGGUAUGGCUUCGUCAUCGCCGUAACCACCAUCGACAACAUCGGGGCGGGCGUGAUUCAGCCGGGACGCGGCUUCGUCCUCUACCCCGUCAAGUACAAAGCCAUCGUCUUCCGUCCGUUUAAGGGCGAGGUGGUGGAUGCCAUUGUGACUCAGGUGAACAAGGUUGGCCUCUUCACCGAGAUCGGGCCGAUGUCUUGUUUCAUAUCCCGACAUUCGAUCCCUUCAGAAAUGGAGUACGAUACGAACUCCAAUCCGCCCUGCUACAAGACUGUAGAUGAGGACAUCGUUAUCCAGCCAGAAGAUAAUAUCCGAUUGAAGAUUGUGGGGACCCGGGUGGACAAGAACGACAUAUUUGCCAUUGGAUCCUUGAUGGACGACUACCUGGGUCUACUGAACUGAAGGCGCAUUUUCUGUUCUUCUUGUGUUCUCCUUCAACUCCAUGGUCAUUUCUCCCUAAAGAAACGUUGGCUGGCUGCUGUUUGUUUGUUGCUGGAAUUGAGUGUCUCUGUUAAGCCCCUUUUUCGGUCAUUAAACAUUUUUUCUGUUUUCUGUU